UUAGUCGUCACUCCUCUACCUCACCUGGGCAGUUUGACCCUGUUGUCUCAGCAUGGCAAGUCUCAGUACGGGGUCAUUGAACAUGUCGAAGACCUAGACAGAUACCGCCUAGGUGGAUUCCACCCUCUACACAUCGGAGACAGGCUGAAUGAUGGCCGCUAUCAACUGGUCGACAAGCUUGGAUAUGGAGGGUACUCCACCAUAUGGCUAACCCGUGACCUACAAGGAGCCAGAUAUGUGGCAAUAAAGGUCACUACUUCUGAUUCCAGUGGCUGCCCGCAUGAGGCCCGUCUGAUACGUUCUUUUGGGAACUCGCCCGCCAGGCCGGGCAGAGAGAUUAUUCCUCGCCUCAUCGAUGAAUUAUGGGUUGCUGGCCCUAAUGGGAGACAUCGAUAUAUUGUCACUCCGCCAGCCCAAAUGAGCUUCCACCUUGGGGUUAUUUCGACCCAAGGUCGCGCAGUCAAUUAUUGCACCAACUCAUUCGUGGUGUCGCACUUCUUCCCGGGAAAGAUACGGUGCACGGUGGUACACCUUCAUCUUGGCAACAUAUUAAUCCAAUUUCCUGAAGCGAAAGAUUAUUUUUCUACGUUCGAGCUAUACGAAAGAUUUGGAGAGCCAGAAUCAGAAGCUGUCGUCCGUCUCGAUGGGGAGCAGUUGUCAAAUGGCGUUCCCGGCCGCGUGUUUAUGCCGGGAUGGUUUGGCGUUCACAGCAAUGAUCGCCUUUGGAGAAUCUUCAAUCCAAACCACACCUACCGACUGACCUCAAAGACUCUUCCUCUCUUCCAGCCGCCUGAGGCCCGAUUCUCAGGCGAGCCGCUCUCCUUUGUCUCUGACAUCUGGACCCUUGCCUGUACCGUCUGGGAAAUUCUGGGUCAGCGUCCACUGUUCGAGGCCUUUUCCCCAACGGCUGACCGCGUUACCGCGGAGCAGGUUGAGGUGCUUGCAAGACUAUAUACCUCUCGAGAUAAACACCUCAUCGGGUAUUCUCGUAGGUUGCCCAGGGGUGUCCAGGUGGGCUCGGGGAUGGCGUUACAUAAACGUGUCUAG